GCGCCCUACGCGCGGAAAAAGGGGAGAGCAAGGGGCGGGAGCAGGGUUCGCGAUCGCACGCCACGUGACUCGGCUGCCAAGUCCGCCAGCGAGUUUGACAGAAGUUUGAAUCGGACUCGGGGGUUUUCUGCAGCCGGCGGGGCAGCGCGGCGGACAGAGCCUCCGAGAGCGCGAGCAGCAGCGCCCCCACGACCCAGCCCGCCAGCCUGGAGCCCGGCCUGCCCACGGCCUCGAGCCCGCCGCCCCCAGCGCCCCCGCGCGCCCCGCAGCCUCCCGGCCAGGGAGUCGAACCCUUGCACUGCGCCCCGACGCGCCAGCAUGUCCUCGACGGAGAGCCCCGGUCGCACCUCGGACAAGUCUCCGCGGCAGCAGGUGGACCGCCUGCUCCUGGGGCUGCGCUGGCAGCGCCUGGAGGAGCCGCUGGGCUUCAUCAAAGUUCUCCAGUGGCUCUUUGCUAUUUUCGCCUUCGGGUCCUGCGGCUCUUACAGCGGGGAGACGGGAGCCUUGGUUCUCUGCAACAACGAAGCCAAGGACGUGAGCUCCAUCAUUGUUUUGUUCGGCUAUCCCUUCAGGUUGUACCAGGUCCAGUAUGAAAUGCCCCUCUGUGAUCAGGACUCCACCUCCAAAACCAUGAACCUCAUGGGAGACUUCUCUGCCCCCGCCGAGUUCUUUGUGACCCUUGGCAUCUUUUCCUUCUUCUAUACAAUGGCUGCCCUGGUCAUCUACCUGCGCUUCCACAAACUCUACACGGAGAACAAACGCUUUCCAUUGGUGGAUUUCUGUGUGACUGUCUCUUUCACCUUCUUUUGGCUGGUUGCUGCCGCUGCCUGGGGCAAGGGCUUGACUGACGUCAAAGGGGCCACCCGGCCAUCCAGCCUGACUGCAGCCAUGUCUGUGUGCCAUGGAGAGGAGGCAGUGUGCAGCGCCGGGGCCACGCCCUCUAUGGGGCUGGCAAACCUCUCUGUGCUCUUUGGCUUUAUCAACUUCUUCCUGUGGGCUGGAAACUGUUGGUUUGUGUUCAAAGAGACCCCGUGGCACGGCCAAGGCCAGGACCAGGGCCAGGGCCCCAGCCAGGAGAGUGCAGCGGAACAGGGGGCAGUGGAGAAGCAGUAAGCAGCCUUCAUCUGCCUACUCCCCAACUGGACGGCACCUUGUCAUCUCCUCCAGCUUCUACAGGACCUCCUCCUCCUCCUCCUCCUCUUCCUCCUCCUCCUCCCUUCCCCAUCGUUCUGGACUUUAAGAUUUGAGAGAAUGGAUGGGUGGGCAUCAGCUGUUGGUAACCUCCACUGGCUUCCUAUCCCUCAUCCUGCUGGGGCAGCAAAUGGCAGGAUCUCAGCACUUCUUGUCUGCUGCCUGGACUGAAGCAUCUUACUUGGGGAAGUUGACUGGCAACCUUGCCCUGAGUUCUGUGUGGAGGGCCCACCAGUGAUUUUGUGGCAUCCCUCAAUAGCUGGCAUCUAAUCUGUAUCCUAUCUCUAGCCCUCCCAGAGCCCAGUGUGCUCCCACCAUGUGUGAAGCAGGGAGACCCAUUAUCCUAUCAGAGGUCCCUCUAAGGAUCCACAUGAGGCCCGGACCCAAUGGGAGCAGAGAGAGUUGCAAGUGCAUUGCAGCACCAAGGAAGAAAAUGAGGAAAGUUGCUGGCAGAUUAAGUUUUCUGUUCCCUCAGUCCUUCCUUUCCCUCAGCUGGAACACUUUCGGUAGCACCCUCUAUGCCACUUACUCAUGAAACCCCUUACUCCCUUCUCCUUCUCGGCCUUGGUUUUGUGGGCUUUGGGAGGGCCUGAAGGACCAUCGUGACAUGAGAUGCCCAGGAGUCCCGGGACAUGGAUACAUGGGCCCACCUGUCCCUUACUGUCUGUUCAUUUUCUCAAGCCAGCACCUUUUCUAGUUCUUUCAAACCUUUCUGUCCCCAUCUUUACAAAGAGGGUUAUCUGUGCUUGUCUCUCACCUCCAUGCAGUAGCCAGGCCCCAUCCUUCCCCAGUCCUGGGCAGCCCGAUGCUAUUGGUGCUUCUUCAUUUCGGGACCCAGUUCCAUAUUUGUCUUUGGUGUGUCUCCUCUCCCUGAUUCCUCCUGUCAUCCCUCUUUGGGCCCAAGGCCAGAGGGUACCAACUGGGCAAAUGCCAUCUGCCUUUUACCCAGAUCAAAACCCCGUGAUCUACCCUGGCAGUAGGGUUGCUUAGGGAAAGAUGAUAAAGAAGGAAGAAACCAGCCAUUUCCCAAUUUAGUGGCAAUUGUCCCACUUAGCACCCCAAAGAUGAAUGUGCCUUAUGCCAACCUGUCCUCAAGACAUGGUCGACCCUCUCCAACCCCCUUGCCUUCCUCAACACUACCCACAUCAAGAUGUAUUUCUUGAGGGCCCAGGGCUUAGAAUCCUUAACUUUGGGCUGUUCAUUUCUUCUUUGGGUUACAAUUCCCCCACUCGUCAAAGGAAGUGGGGUAUUUACACACUUCCACAUGCUCCCGAGCCCUUCAGUAAAAUAAUCUGGAAUUUU